GCUCGGAGAUCCGAGCCGCGAUCCAGCCAGGCCGGAAGCCCUAGUCCCACAGCUUCCAUAGACUGAACCAGUAGGCUCCUGCACAGCCUCAGAUGGAAAUAUUGUAGGAUUUCACUCUAGCCACAUGGUUUAUUUCAGAUUUUGAUUUUAAAUGGGCGUCGCAUUUGGCCUUGCUCCUUCCCUCCCUGUGUUUUGUGAUUUUAUAAUUUAUUGUUAUGCAAGGAUUUAACAUACCAAAAAGAUGAUCGGGGGCUACGUUUUUGGCUGGGGAAGCCUGCGAUCGACUGAAUGCAACACAUAGAUCUGAAGGAAAGGAUUAUUAUAUGGGUUGCAUUUGAUUUUCCUGACCUGCCCUAUCCGGAUUUCGGAUUACUCAACAUUCUUCGGAAUGGAAGGACGGGAUUUCGCUGCUCCGGCGCACCUCCUAUCAGAGCGGGGCGCCCUGGUGCACCGAGCCGCCUCUCGGAUCGCUCCCUCGGGCCACGGCUCUGUACAGCACGGCGGUCACUUCACGCCGGGGAAAUACUACCCCUCGCACAUACCAAUGGCUCCCCACUCAGGCAGUGGAUUGAUGGGCAAUUCCUCCGCCUCCUUCAUGGGGACCUUUCUGGCCAGUAGUCUGGGUUCCCCCCCUUCCCACCCGUCUCACCCUUCCCGGCCGCCCUCCUCGCCCUCCUCACCCUCCUUCCGGGGCGGACCCCACUCCAGCGCCUCACAAAUCUGGUUUCCCCAUUCGCAUGAAGCAGCUCCGGGGUAUCCUCGAUUCUCAGGGAGCCUGGCCCACACUUUCCUUCCCAUGAGCCACUUGGAUCACCAUGCCAACAGUGGAGUUCUCUACGGGCAGCACCGUUUCUACGACACACAAAAAGAGAACUUCUAUCUUCGAGGUCUCCCGUCCCAGCCACCUCUCAUCUCAGCCAAUCACAGUCUGCCGCCAAUGUCCAGGGCAGGUUCAGGACACUCUCAGGGGUCCUGCAGCAGAGACAGGGAUCCAGGCGUAGGGACGGGUCUACAUAAGGGCCUCAAAGAGGGGUCUGUGGAGAGAGGAGUGGUGCCUGUAAAGGACAAGGAGAGGUCCAGUAGCAAACAGGAGGCAAAAGAGAGGCAGCAGCAGCAACAGCACCACAGCCACCAGCCACCCCAGCCCACACACCACCACCAUUCCCACUCCCAUCAGCAGCACCCACACUAUCCACAGCACCCUCUUCCCCUGGAGGAGGUCAACAGUCGGGCCCUGGAGAGGCACAAGGCGUCCCUCACGAUGGAGUACAGCAAAGAACACCCUCAGAGUAUGGGCAAGCCCCUCAGUGCUUGCUUGCACAAUGGAAAGAUGCAAAACGGAGAUGCAGGAACUGGAGCAGGGGCUAAGGCCUCCAUGUCCAGCUGUGGGGGGGAGGGCACAGCCCAUGUUGCUAUGGGGGGUGGGGGGAGCAGCCAGGGCAGACAUAUGGGGUCCAGCGGCACUCGCUGUACCAAGGAGGGGGUAAGUGGGGAGAUGAGGAUCAGUGAACAACCUUCAGACUGUCUAGAAAGGGGUCAGGCACCACUUCACCACUCUCUGUCCUACUCUGUACCCCCACCCUUACACAUGGGUCCAGCUGCCGGAGGGGCACACCCCCAUCCGCAUCCUCAUGCUCACCCCCAUACACAUCCUCACCCAGGGGGCUUCCACUGCCUUCAGCUUCACCCGAGCCACCCGCACCACCCACAUCAUUCCCACCAUACACACCACCAUCCAGACUUCUUUUGCCCGCCCCCUCCUGCUCCUCUGGCCAACCCCACCUCACAUGAAAGGGGGCCAGCCAAUGUGGGGCGAGAACCUAAAGUCACAGGGCCUACAUUUGUGCCAUCUGUGGCAGGCCUGGGGGACAAAUCUAGUGGGCCAUUCCAGCUUGGUAACCCCGACUGCCACGGUGUAGGCGGUGGAGGGGGAGGAGGCAAUGCCAAGGAUAAGGUAAUAGAAAAGAAUGGAGGUAAUGGGCACCAUAGUAGUUGGCACAGAAAACAGCAACAACAACAGCAACAACAGCAGCAGCAACAGCAACAACAACAACAACAGCAGCAGCAACAGCAGCAGCAGCAGCACACAUACAGAAAGGCAGAGAAGGCUCCAGAUUGGAUGCAGUCCCACCACCAACACCUCCAGUCCUCGCAGCUUCCUCCACCUCCCCAACUACAACAGCCUCCACAUCCCCAACAGCAGCACCAGGUUGUACGUUCACGCAGUGCUGAAUGUAUCAACAGUGGUGUAGACAUGGAUGUGUUCAGACCCUCGCUGCCUCAGGGGCCCAAGGCUGGACAUUCUGUCCCUCAUUCUGUCAACACUUCUCCUUACAGAGACUGUUCCCAUCCAGGACCCCAACCUAACUCCUCCCCACUUGGAAGCAAAAGCAUGGGUCAACAUAGUGGAGCUGGAGCAGCUCAUGGUCCUGGAGGUAGCUGCUCCUUACAGAGAGAUGGCCAGAAGGUAGCCAGGAUACGCCACCAGCAGCAUGGCCGACCUGGCCCAGAUGCUCCUUCUCCUGCCGAGUUAAACCAGGGGACUAGUCAGGAGCUGAAAAGAAAGAUGGACAUGUCUCCUUAUGGUUACAACAACAGCAGCGGGCAGCACCACCACCAGCAGCCCCCGGUGCCCCCCUGGGCCAUGAGGCCUCCCCACCACAUGUCACAACCCGAGGAGGAGCAGAGGAAGUCUUACAUGGAGUUAGGGAGCACGGGUGGGCAACACUCCCAGCAGCAGCAGCAGCAACAACAACAGCAGCAGCAGCAGCAGCAGCCGGGAAUGAGCCUGCCACCUCCUCAGCCUCCCCCUGCACCCCCCCUCAGUCAGCAACAGCAGCAGUCACAGCAGCAACCUGAGCCCCAGGGCCCAACUCAGGGGGAGAGCAGCGCCAUGAAAAGCUUACUAAAGUACAGCAACCAGCAACAGCCACUGCUCCUCUCCCAGAAGAGCCCCUUUGGGGGGCUUGGAAGCCUCAAAUCAGGUCCUGCUGGGGGAAGCUGUGCCCUGCAGGGCAACAAACAGACUCUACCUUCCAGAAAGGGCCCAACAAACGACAACGAGCGCCCUGAUUACAGUGGCCGAGGCCGGGAUAUGGGGGACACAGGUCACGGGGAAAGUGAGGUGCGCCAGCCACCAGUGGGAAUAGCCGUGGCUGUGGCCAGACAAAGGGAGCCACCUUGUCGUUCAGCAGAUGGUCACCCCAACAGCCGACAGGGCAGGGUUCAUCCCUCAGUGAAAGGACCGCCCCGCUCCAUGUAUCCAUCAGAUCCCAGCGAAGAGGAGAGGAAGAGAAUGAGUGGGGAACAGAUAGGUUUGACUUGCUUGGACAGAGAGAGAGAUGCAUAUAUCAGGGAUAAUAAGGAAAGGGUGGAGUUUGCAAGAAUCCACCCCUCCAACAGCUGUCAUGGAGACCUCACCUCUCAUCUCAUGGUCCCAGGCGGGACUUCCCUCCAGUCUGGCCAAUUAGGAGAUCCUGCUGCACAUUCUGCUCACCAUCAUUGGAUGCCAAGAACUGGAAGCCCAUCUCUUUGGAUGACAGGACACUCUUAUGGUAUAGGUCAUACAGCCCUGCACCAGAAUCUGCCGCCAGGUUUUUCUGCAGCCAUGUCAGGCCCUCUGCAGCCAGUCCUGCCUCUGCCUCAGGACCCCUCUGCCCAGCUGGUGGUCCUGCCUUCUGAGCCUCCUGCCCAUCCUGCAACCCAUCACCUGGAUGUGAUGGAGCAGCCAGGGCUGUGGCCCCCUGUGUAUGGCGCCCGGGGCCCACCCUCCCACAUGCAGCAUCCUGCUGUGUACUCCCGAUCCCAGUUUCUACGGCAACAGGAGCUGUACGCUCUCCAGCAGCACCAACAGCUCCAGCAUCAGCAUCAACAUCAGCACCAGAGCCACCAGUCGCAACAACCACAACCACAGUCUCAAACCCAGCAGCAGCAACAGCAGCAGCACAGAGCUGCACAUGGCAUGGACAUGCAACACCAUGCCACUCACAAUGCACAGAUGCAGAAGAGGCCCGACGAGCCCUCCGUUGAACUAGAGGAACUCAUCUCGGAACCGAGAACGUCUAAACCUGCCAAGCCCUACUCGUACAACCCGCCUCAGAGGAACACCUCUCCUCCUGGGGCGUGUGCGGCUCACCUGUCCCCCUGCUGCCAGUCCCCGUCACUACGACCGCAUCCCAAAAGCACUCCUUCUACACCCUGCCCUGCUCCCAGCCCUGCUGCAGCAGCCCCACACUCGCCUGCCAUCAGCCCUGCUCCUCCUCAGAUGCCCAAGGGGGCCGAAUCCCAGGAAAAGAGAGGAGAGGGACAGCCCCCACAGGAUUACCCACAGUCUCUGGAGCCUGACUUGCCUCAUGGAUACACCUACCCUGCUAUUUCCAUGGGCUACAGGAGCGGGCCCUCCCCCCAGGAUGUUCGACUGGCUGAGCCAGCCGACCUGGAAGCGGUCCAAGUGGAGCCUGCUGAGCAUGCUCCCCAGUCUCUCUCCGGCCUGGGGGAGGAGCUAGACUGCCAAGCGAUGGUCAGGCCCCUUGCAGAGCCACUCCCACCUGAGGAAGUGGAGCAGGAAGAGGAGGAAAGCGUGGUUGAAAGAGCUCUGGAACAGAGAGAGGAGGUGGAGGUCGCGGCGGUGACGGCAGCCAACUAUGUGCCUGGAGAGAGGGAGGUGGAGGAGCAGGGCCCCGCUGAGGAAGAGGUGCUGGUUUGCCCCCCUGCUAAGAGCCCAGUGUGUGAGGCUGCUUCCUGUCCAGUCCCCCUUUCAACAGAGGAGCCUGAAAGGCCAGAAGCUGUCAUCACCUUGGAAGAGGAAGAGGAUGAUGAGGCGGUGGGUGAGGAGGGCCAGGUGGAGCACGCUCAAAAGGUCAACAUGCCUGGAGAGCAGGAGUCCGAGCUGCCCGCCAUCAUCGAGCUCGACCCUGCUUCUCCUGCAGCUCCUGAGCCUCAGUCCUCGGCCCUUGAGGGAGCAAAGGACAGGGAGCAGCAGCACGAGAACGAGAUGACCCCCGAUGACGCCUCCGUGGAUUUUGUGUGUCUUUCCCCCGCCUCAGCUUCCGCCCCCAGCCCGAGCCAGGCGACUGUUGCCGUACCCCACAAACCUCUUGUGCCCUGCUACUGGAGUCUGGAACUGCUGAUAGCUGCUGCCUUCUGCACAGAUGUACCUCCAUUUCCCCUGUUUCCUCUUAACACCCCAUCAGUUGCCCCGUCACAGCCUAACCCCCACCAGGGUAUGGAGCUUCUGAGUGAGUUGGCAGAUCUGGAGCUGCAGCAGCAAAAGCGCACCUGUGGGAAAAGCCAAGAAGAGGAGUUGCUGAUGUUUGACCUCCAGAGCCUUGCUACUCUGGCCACGGCCCGUGCACUGGAGAUGGGCUCAGAGGAAGGCAGCAGCGUGGGUUCAGGGAGACACUUCCCAGCCCGCAGGAUCCUCAAUUUGCGUAGGAAAUGCAGCUGGACACCUCGCAAUGAACCAGUGUGCCCGGCCAAAGGUAGCAUGGAAACAAUGGACGGUCCUGAGCUGGCAAUGCGUGUGAAGUUGGCUGAGCUGCAGCGGUGCUACAAAGAGAAGCAAAAAGAGCUGGCCAAACUUCAGAGGAAGCACGACCACCAGAAGGAGGAAACACCUCGCAGCCCUGCGCGACGAGGGCCGGGGCGGCCAAGGAAGCGGAAACCCACCCUCACCACGGGUCCAGUGUCCUCAUCUGAGGGCCAAAGAAAAGUCAAGUCGAUGGGGGCGGGGCUUGCCCUGUCGCCUGAGGACCUAGGAGGGGGCGGAGACAGCCAGAGAAGGAAGAAGAGGCUGUCCAGUCGAGGCUUUGAGCGACUCAGCAGCACACAGCAGAUAAAAGCACAGGGCUGCAGAAAAAGCAGUCUUCACAGCAUGCUCAGCUCCAAGCUGGCCGGUGAUGUGACUCAGCUCAAACAGAAAGCCCAGGAUAAAAAGAUUCUCUCAGGGAUGGGCUCCAGGGACAAGGAGGUUUCGCCCUGCAACUCCAACCCCAAGCAUGGACACAGAAGCCAGGGCCCAAGCAAAGCUGAGUCCAGGCGAGAGUCUGGGGGACAAAGUGACACAGCAGCGAGUGUGGACAGUGGCCCCCAAGAGAGCUGGACUGGACUGGUGCGGCGUGGACGUAAAAAGGGAUCCACCACCCUGACCCAGGGCUCCUCGCGCCUUAGCCAGCCCAGAGCGAGGGUUCUCCGUGGCCAGAGACAGGAGGCAAUGGAGGAGGGAGAGAGCUCCCCCGCAGACAGUGACUCCUCUGAUCAAGACGAUGAAGAAGAAGACGGCAGUUAUGAUACUGAUGAAGGUCAGGACUACAAAGCCCAACCCCCCAGAGACGUCACUUCUAGCUCUUCUGUGACGGGGCCGAGUCCCUCAUCUGUUGUAAAACUGGAGGCCAACCAGAAAGCCAGGAACAAAAAACAGAGACAAGAGCUUUAUGGCUCCCAGAGUCUGUCAGGAGCAGAGGGUGAGGUCAAAGUAAGGAAGAAGCCCCCCUGUAGGCUGGGCCUGGCCACUGCAGUCAAAAACCGACAUGAAGACCAUCGGCCCGAAGGGGUAAGAAGGCCAUGCGGACCCAGGUCUAAAGAGCCACGGUGGGGCAGUCUUGGGACAAGAGGCAACCGCUACCGGAGGAGUAUGGGACUGGCAACCUUCCCCACCACCAGUGAGAGGCUAAAGAGGGCGACCCGCAAGAGCACCAUGUUGAGAGGAGCAAUCAAUAAGAGGAGAAGUUGCUGGUCAGCUGCAGCUCCAUCUUCACAGAGUGAGGAGGGCAGCAGGGGACGAAGGAGCAAAGACCAGCAGCCAAAGGGACGAGCAGUGAGUCGGCUGCUGGAGAGCUUUGCGGCAGAUGAAGGCUUUCAGAUGGAUGGCAGCAGCUUCUCUGAAGAAGAGGAGGACAGCAGCCCAUCAAACGGCAACAAAAGCCCUGAAGUUCCCAACUGUGUGCUGACCAAAGAACUCCUGACUGAUGGACUGAAGGUCCUGAUCUCCAAGGAGGAUGAGCUUCUAUACGCUGCCAGGGUUCACACACUGGAGCUCCCCGACAUCUUUAGCAUUGUUAUCUAUGGUGAAAGAGGAAACCGCCCAAGAAUCUAUUCAUUGGAGCAGCUGCUACAGGAAGCUGUCCUGGAUGUACGGCCAGAGUCGGAGACUGUGCUCAGCGAAGGAACCAGGGUGUGCGCUUACUGGAGCGAACGCUCCCGCUGCUUAUACCCCGGCUAUGUUCGCAGAGGUGGUUCAUCUGAUGAAGGGAAGCAAGGCGGAGUGAUGGUAGAGUUUGAUGAUGGAGACAGAGGGAAGAUUUCUCUCCCUAACAUCCGCCUCCUGCCUCCAGGAUACCAGAUCCACUGUGGGGAGUUAUCUCCUUCCCUGAUACCCAAUGAGACAACGGCCAAAAGAAGUUCUAGCCUGGAGCAGGCCCCCAUCAGUGACAGACCUUCUGACAGAUUCAACAUCAUCAACACUUUACCUAACAGCCAAACUCUGACUGUUCACAAAAGAAGACCAGGGAGACCAAAAGGUUCUGGGAAGAAACAGAAGCAGCAACAGCAGCAAGCUGAGAAUGCCAAUAAAAAUCUUUCCCCUUUCCUGGGUUGGCCUUUGUUGGGCAACACCCGCAAGAGGUCGUCUGACAACCUAUUUCAGCUCAACGGGGCACCCAGGAAGGCCAUGAGAGGGACAGACGUUGACCUGUUGCCCUUGUCUAGGAGCCAGCCACUGGUCUCCACCCCAGCCAAAGGCCUUUUCAGCAGCAGCUCCUUCGAGGUGGACUCCUUCAGCAGCAUUGCAAAUGGCUACUCCUCUUUCUGUACUCAAUCUACAGGGCAGAGUCCAGGUUUAUCUCUGGGCGCCAGAAGUGGGCCGUAUGGCCAGAAGCGGAGGCAAGAUGACCUCGUUAUGCCAAGGAGCAGGGAGUCAGGACAAGAGUUUCUGGUCAAGUUAGAUCACGAAGGAGUGACCUCCCCCAAGACAAAGAACAGCAAGGCUCUGCUGCUGCGAGGUGGUUCCAGUGUGAGUGGUAUGCCCAGGACGGAGACCUACUCUCACCCAGUUCUGCUGGUUAAAGACAACAAAAAGGGUGGUGCCUCCAGAGUAGAACUUCUCCUGAAAGGAACAACGCCUCAAAGAAAGCCCUCUUAUUCUCUGCGUCUAGACGAGUAUGGCGACUUGGGCUUCAGCUCCCACAGAGAGUGUCACAGCUCCUACUCUGAUCAGGAAGACGAUGAGGAGGAGAGGAGGAGAGCUGCACUGGCUGCAGCCUCGGGAGGACUAAGGACAGCUGGCCGCUUUCUGUCACGUCUCUCCGUCUCCUCCUCUUCUUCUGGUUCUUCAAGUUCCUCCUCUUCAGGCUCCCUCUCCAGUUCCAGCCUGUGCUCCUCGGACAAUGAUUCCUCCUACAGCUCAGAUGAUGAGGACAGUUCUACGCUAAUGCUUCAGAGUUGUCUCUCUUCCCACCGGGGGCUCCUGCAACCUUCUGAACCCUCAACUUCUUCAAGGCCGCACCAGCACUCCUUUGUGGCCAAAGCUGUGGCUGUCUCCAAUGCCAAAGGAGGCCCCCCUGAUCAAGUGUCCAACAGUAAGUCCCUGAAGAGGAAAGACUGCACUAGUUCCACUUCUAAAACAUCGAAGGAUUUCAUGAAGAAACCGAGGAUGCUUCCAGAUGACACCUCAUUUAUUCCAAGGCCCAAGAUAUCUCCGUUCCUAGCAGGAAGACAAAUGUGGCGGUGGUUAGGAAACCCUACACAGCGACGAGGUCUAAAGGGCAAAGCCAGGAAGCUCUUCUAUAAGGCUAUCGUGCGAGGCAGAGACACGGUGAGAGUGGGAGAUUGUGCUGUGUUUCUCUCAGCCGGACGCCCGAACCUCCCGUAUAUAGGUCGAAUUGAGAACCUUUGGGAAUCCUGGACCUCCAGCAUGGUGGUCAAAGUCAAGUGGUUCUACCAUCCUGAAGAGACCAAGCUCGGCAAGAGGCAUCGAGAUGGCAAGCAUGCCCUGUACCAGUCGUGUCAUGAGGAUGAGAAUGACGUCCAGACAAUCUCCCAUAAGUGUCGGGUGGUGAGCAGGGAGGAGUACGAGUGUCUGACUCGCAAUCAGAAGCCGAACAGUACCUCCCCAGACCUCUACUACCUGGCCGGGACGUAUGACCCCACCGCUGGUCAACUGGUCACUACUGAAGGGGUUUCCAUCCUGUGCUGAACCUCCAUGAGGACACUACUGAAGGACUCCUUUGGAGGAAGGAUAAAAGUCCACGACUUUACCUACAAGACCCUCCAGCCUGGGAAGACAACAAGUGUUCCUUGGGAAUGCCUCAAGGACUCGUGGACUAAACGUCAGCACCAAAGCAGGGCUGUCCGAGGUAACACACUGGAGUCUAUUUGCGUGGAAGUAAAGGAAAUGCUAUAACUGGUUGAUCCUUUCAAGAAGAACAGAAGAACGUCUGGGUCUUCCUGGGCAUCACACAAUUAAAUAAGUGGCGUUUUGGUCAUCUAACUAAUCUCUUUUUAAUGGAUCCAUGUGAUAGUCAGCUUCAUAAAUGAUUUUAGGACUCAUUCUUCCAACUCCUAUUAUGUGUCACCAAAGGAGAGCUGCGAGUGCAUUUGACUGUGCAAAGUAUCAUGAGGCUGUUUAGUCUCUGCGGACCAAUUCUUUAAAGGUAGCCUUACCUAAGGGAAUGGAAACGAAAAUGAGGCCCGGGGCUCUCCCUCGACCUCUUCAUUCCAGGGAAGUUGAAAACAUGUAAAGGAUGUAAAGUUGAUGUCUGUAAAUAUUUUGAAUUUUUCCCAAUCAAGCCAUACACUUCAGUACCUCUCGCCUGUCUUAACUGUUCAGGUGUACAUUGUACAGGUCAAUUAUUGUAUUGUGGUCUGUUGUCUAUAUGUACAUAAAAGCUAUUUUAUAUAGGAGUUUAUUGUAUAUAUGAGAUGUAUCUUUCCAUGUUUGCGAUUGAUUUAUUUUUAUAUGGGUGUAGAAUACAUUACGUCGUUUUUCCUUUGCUUUGGGAAGUCAAGAUUGGAGAUGUUAGUGUUGCACUGCAUAUGCCCUGCUGAGACAGACAGAGACAGACAGAGCACAAACAAAGAAGGAUUUAGUCUAUAACAGGACAGGACUCACUUUCUGAGAGAGAGGGAGGUCGCCCUGUUUAAAAAAUAGGUCAAGUGGCUUUUUGUAAAAGUGUUCUGUUACAUUUUUUUGUUCUCCUAUUUUAAAAAACACCUUUUUAUUUAUGUACCUCUCAGUUGGUCAUCGUCACAAGGCAGAUCCCACUGGACUGCAAUCACGGGUCAAAAAUGAUUUGAGAUCAAUGAUAUGAGUAUAACAUUUUGACACAAUAUUUGUGUGUGAUGAGUGUCCUGGCAUCACUUUAAUCAUGUCCACACAAAUCGAUUGAGAACAAGACUGGGUCUUUUAAUGAAAACGUGUUAAAUGAAUGCAUAGUUCAGCACAUUCUGACCUACAAAAUACCAAAGUGUCUUUUAAAUAUCUUUAUUUCCUUUAUUUAAAUUUAACAUGUCAAGCACCUGUACUGAACUCAAAUCAGAAAUCACUGGUAACUUAUAGAAUACUUGUCCUCCACUAUGUGCAUAUAUAUUGGCUUUGCAUUGUGACAAUGAUUCCUUGCACAUGUACCUGCAGUUUUGUUUAGUGCAAACAUAUGCAGCAAAAGGCCACCUGGGAGUGUGACUAUGAAGGUCAAGGUACUGACAAAGUAAGAUGUUGAGUACUGACAAUUUGUUGGAAUUAGUCUAUUUUAGUUUCAUCAGCCAUCUGUGUCUAUUUUGUACAGUACACGCACAUACUCAAUGCUAACUGUGAAGGACAAUCAGAUUCACAAAGCAAUGGACAUAGAGUAGGUUCACUCAAUCUGAAAAUUACUUAAGUUUAUUUAAGUUGUGCCAAGUACAUUUUUGUCUAUUUUUUGUCUUGUUUAAUAUGCAAUCCUGAGUAUUCUUUGUUCACAAAGUUUUAUUUUGUUCGCCAACAUUUUAUUUAUUGUCAAUGUUGCUGUUUGUUCAUGCCAAGAGCGCUUUAUGAGAAUGUGACAUUGUUUUUCUU